UAUAACUUUUGAAUUACUCCCGCUAGUUGUUAUAUUCAGGAAAGAAAGUCUGAAGAUGACUUUGUUCUGCAUAUUCAUGGUAUUUGUCGCUACUGCUGAUUGUUCCCUGAGGCAAUUAAAUGGACGAAUUCCUACGAUUGAUGGUAAAGGUGUGCCUUUGACGGUGGAUCUUGAUGUAUCGGAAUUUAACAAAAAUUUAGAAACGAUAGUGAAAGAAGACCUAGUUGCAGAAAUAAAUGACAAAUUUAGUACCUAUAUUAACGGAAGCAGGAUAACAGAGCUUGUUGAGAACGUUUGCAAACAUGAAAUUACAUUACUAAAACAGGAUUUGAUGAAAGAGAUAAAAAACAAACCAGCUUUCUUUGCUUUUCUGAAAUCCAACACUAUCUUCUCAGGAGACAAUGUUCUCAAAUUUGAUGAGGUAACGACUAAUAUUGGACAAAACUAUAACCCAUCCACAGGCGUGUUUACGGCACCAAAGGAAGGUGUCUACCAAAUAUCGUGCGUUAUGGUGGCUGGUGGUAGAAACAAUAUUCACUACUGGCUGUAUAAAAACAAGGAGAGAUUUUCUUAUGGGUAUACAAGUCCAACAGCUCAUGCUAACUCUAACACACAGAAUUGGAUACUUGAAUUGAAGAAAGGCGACCGUGUUUUUAUUCAGCACAGAGGGUCUCCAGGAGAGGUGGUUCACGGUUUACGUCAUUCAUAUUUUUCCGGUCAUUUGUUAUUCUAAUUUUUCAGUUUGUCAUUUCACAAUAAAUUGUAACUGUAAGUUG